GGGUGCAGCCUAGAAGUCUGUUCCACUGUAGAUCCAGCAGAUGAAUUGGUUCUUUAUUGGGUGGCUUUUCCUCUGUUUUUCUGCACAUGGUUCUCACAGACUGUCUGAUGUGACAAACAAAUCAAACCUCAAUUACGAUGCUAUAUUAUGCACUUUUUGGAUUCCCCUUUUGUUAAAUGAAUCUAAGUUUGUAUUUUGAAUGUUCAGUCUCUUGUAUUUAUGCUAUAUAUUAUACAGUCAUCAAAGUUCUUGUUUUGCUACCUUCUUUGCAGGCAUGAAUCAAUAAUUAUCCAAGAGAUCCUUGAAAGGAUAUCUAGUGAAUUGAAUCUUAUAUUUCAAAGUACUAUUUCCAAGGAACUUGUUGGAAAAAAAUCCCGUGUGAUGGAAAUGUUGGAUUUAUAUUUAGUUGAAGGGUCGGGUGGUGUUCGCUUUGUUGGGAUUUGCGGGAUGGGUGGAAUGGGUAAAACAACUCUUGCACUAGAAAUUUAUGAAAGAAUUUCAGGCAGCUUUGAAGCUAGCAGCUUUAUAGCUGAUGUAAGAGAAAAAACUAAAAAUCAUCAUCUAGUUUCUUUACAACAACAACUUCUUUCUAACAUCCUUAAGGGAAGUAGAAAAAAUAUAUCGAAUGUUUUUGAGGGGAUCAAUGUUAUAGGGAAUAGACUACGUAAUAAAAAGGUUCUUAUUGUUCUUGAUGAUGUGGAUGGAGAAGAACAACUAGAAGCAUUGGUUGGGAACCAUGAUUGGUUUGGUUCAGGGAGUAGAAUAAUUGUAACAAGUAGAGAUAGCCACUUGUUGAGAAGACGUGGUAUGAAUGAUAUAUAUACAGUCAAGGGAUUGAAUAACAACGAUGCUUUGCGGCUUUUUAGUUGGAGAGCUUUCAAGAAACCCUAUCCUGAAGAAACUUAUGUGGAUUUGUCUAAGGACUUGGUGAAUUAUGCCAAUGGCCUUCCUUUGGCUCUUAAAGUUUUAGGUUCUUUGUUGUUUGAAAAAAGAAUAGAUGAAUGGAAAAGUGCCUUAUAUAAACUAAAACAAGAACCCGAUAGAUACAUUGUAAAUAUACUUCAAAUAAGUUUCGAUUGUCUGAUGGAUACCCAAAAAGAUUUGUUUUUGGAUAUUGCAUGUUUUUUCAAAGGAGAGAAGAACGACCGCAUAAGAGAUGUACUAGAAAGUUUUGGAUACUAUCCAAACUACAAUAUUGAUGUUCUUAUGGACAAAUCGCUCAUAACCAUUAAUAGAGAGGGAACUUUGUUGAUGCAUGAUUUGCUACAAGAAAUGGGUCAAGAAAUUGUUCGUUGUGAAUCCCCUAAAGAGCCUGGUCGUCGAAGUAGGUUAUGGCUUUGUGAGGAUGUCCUUCAUAUAUUGAAGAAUAAUACUGGAACAGAGGUUGUUGAAGGCAUAAUGCUAAACAUGCCUAUUGAAGCAAAGGAACACUUGAGUGCUGAAACCUUCUCAAAGAUGAAAAAUUUGAGAUUGCUUAAAAUUAAUAAUGUGAAACCUCCACAAAGCCUUAAUAGAGGUCAUGUCCAACUUCCACAAGGCCUCAGUUAUCUUUCUAACAAGUUAUGUGCUAUAGAUUGGCAUGGAUAUCCCUUAAAAUCUAUGCCAACCAGUUUCCAGCCAAACAAACUUGUUGAAUUGAGAAUGCAUUGCAGCGGCAUCAAAAAACUAUGGAAAGGAAUCAUGAUUUUAAACGAGUUAAAACUCAUUGACCUGAGUGACUCUCAAAAUUUGAUUGAGAUCCCGGACCUUAGUGGAAUCCCAAAGCUUAAGCAACUAAUUCUUCGACGUUGUACAAGGCUAUAUACGAUUUGUGCAUCUCUUGGAGAUCUCAAACAGCUUAUUCAAUUGGAUUUGAAUGGUUGCAAGUGUCUCAAAAGCCUUCCUCACAAGAUCAACUUGGAAGCUCUUGAAAUUAUUGAUCUUGGCGGUUGUUCAAGGCUAAAGAAAUUUCCGGAGAUUACGGGAAAUAUGUCACGAUUGUCAGAACUUUGUUUGAGUGAGACUGUUAUAAAGGAUCUGUCAUUAUUAUUGGAACAUUUAACCAACCUUACUAAAUUGGAUCUAAGAGGGUGCAAAAACCUUUCAAGUCUUCCUAAUGCAAUAUGUAGUUUGAUGUCUCUAAAAACUCUCAAUUUAUCUGGUUGUUCAAGACUUGACAAAUUGCCAAAGAACUUGGGAAAUGUUGAGGGCCUAGAGGUGUUAAAUGUGAGUGGAACUGGUAUAAGAGGGCUACCUUCAUCCAUCAUUCUCUUAAAAAAUCUCCAAAUCUAUCUUUUAGUGGAUGUGAUUUUCUAUUAUCUAAACCAUCCAAUAAGCUCCUCAAUUUUCCUUUAUUGCAAAGGGGCCCAGAUGCCAUGGGCAUGUUAAUGCAUACUUUAUCAAGCUUAUCCUCUUUGAGAUAUCUUAAUCUAAGCUAUUGCAAU